AUGGAAGAAGAACAAACUAUUUCAGAUAAUAACAUGGGAGAAAAACAAUAUGAGUUGGACGUUAACACACAGGAAAGAACAAAUAGUUUGGAUGGUAACAUAGAAGAAAAACAAUAUGAGUUGGACGUUAACACACAGGAAAUUCAAAAUAAUUCGCAUAUUAUCGUAGUAGAAGAAGAAACUAUUUCAGAAACUAACAUGGAAGAAAACCAAUAUAAUUUGGACAACAUAGAAGAAAUACAGAAUAAUUCGGAUGUUAACAUGGAGGAUGAAAAAGAUAUUCCAGAUGAUGAUAUGGAGGAAGAACAAAAUAAUAAUUUUGACAAUUUUUCAGAAGAUAGCGAUGAUUCCAUUAAAGAUCGAGACUUCGUUAUAUCGGAGUCUGGCAAGGGUUCUGAUUCAGAUAUUUCUGAAAUUGAAAUAACUGAAAACGAAGCUUCCGAAGAAUCUUCUGAAAAAGAUAAUCUACCUUUGACGAUAAUAAGAGAGAGGGUUCUUCAAAAAGAAAUAAAGCAUACCUUAGAAGAAAUUGUUGAGAAAGUUUCUACCAAAUUGAAUGGGGACAUGUAUACGAAGAAAGGAACUUUAAGAAAAAGAAAAAGACAAAAACAUUCUUUUGUUAAAGAAAACUGUGGUGAAAAAUGUAAAAAGAAAUGUGUUCAAAAAAUCAGUGCACAACGACAGGAAGUAAUUAAUAGAGAAUUUUGGGACAUGACUGAAAAAGAGAGGCGUGCUUUUAUAUUACACAAAACAAGUACCACUGGUGUUAAAAGAAGAUCACAACCAGUGACUGCCGAGGGAUCUAGAAGAAAUAAAUCUGUUUCCUAUUAUUUACCCGACGAGACCGGAAAUAAUCAGCAGGUUUGUAAAAAGUUUAUUCUGGCAACGACAUCCAUUGUUCCAAAACAGGAUAAUCGGGGUAGAAAACAAAAACAAAAUAAGUUUGAUGAAACAUUGAUUGAACAACAUGUUGAAAGUUUUGGACCUACAAUUUCUCAUUAUAGACGAGAACAUGCUCCGUUGAGAAAAUACCUGCCAAGUGAUAUCACAAUAAGGGCAAUGCAUAAAAACUUUUUACAUCAGCAUCAAGUUAAUAUUUCUUAUGAACUCUACAGAAAAGUGGUGGCACGUAUGAACAUUUCAUUCUCAAAUUUGGGACAUGAAGAAUGUUUUGUUUGUGAAUCAUUUAGAAUCCACUGCAUGUCAACAGGGCAUCAAAAGAACGACAAUACCGAAGACUGUGAUGUGUGCACAUCAUUUCCAAAGCAUCGAGAUGGAUAUCGAAAUGCAAGGAAAGAGUAUAAACUAGACAGUUUCAAAAAGGAUGGUUUAUACGUUUCAGCAGAUCUCCAAAAGGUGAUUAUGCUUCCCAGGUGCGAGAUGUUUAAGGAAAUAAUCUUUAUGCCUAGAGUUAUUGCAUUCAACGAAACAUUUGUGCCUAUUGGAAAAUCGCAGAAAAAACCAUUCGCUGUCAUUUGGCACGAAGCUAUCUCAGGAAGAUCCAAAGACGAUAUUAUUUCAACCUUUUAUAAUUUCUUACUUUCUAUUAGGGAUGUAGAAAAUGUAACAAUAUGGUUGGAUAACUGUGCUGCGCAAAAUAAGAACUGGGGCCUCUUUUCAUUUCUAACUUACGUAAUUAAUUCAAACGAAAUUAAUUUAAAAGAAUUGAAUUUAAAAUAUUUUCAAUCCGGGCACACUUUUAUGUCCAGUGACGCUUUCCACCACCAAGUGGAAUUGGCUUUAAAAAAAAGAAAAAAGUUUACGAUUAGGCGAUUAACCAAUUUAAUGUUAGGUUUAUUAUUACCUCACUAA